AAGAAAGAAAGGGCCUCGAAGAACCCUAAUUUCACAAAUUUGACAUCGCCCUUUCUAUUGACUGUCUAGUCUAUCCAAUUCUCCCCUCUUUCUGCAUAUUCUAUCCAAGGAUCACUCCCAGCUCACAAUCGCUCCAAUUCACCUCACCGCCUCAGAAUUUAUUGCGUGCUUUUGUCUGUGAGAACAUGGGUUUAAUGGGAAAUUCUUGCUUGCUCGAUGCGUAGAUGAUGGAAUUAUCAACAUUUCAGCUGCAGGGCUCUUAUAGAAGCUUCCCUUGUGUGCCCUCAGUGUGGGACAGAGGGAGCCAACUGCAAUACCUUUUGCCCUCAGUCACAGUCCCACGAGUUGGGAGAAAAGAUAGACCAAUCUCUUUAAAAUCCAGAUCAUGUUCAAGUAGUGGAGCUUCUUUUGUUCUUGGACCAAAGUCAAAAAUAUCUAAAAUAUCAGCUUUCAAAGGCGGCAGUCGACAUGAUGAUCCGGGUGGCAGAGCUAAUGACUCGAAGUCCCUAAAGAAUCCUAUUAAAGUUUCUUAUUUACAGCAUGAGAGUGAAGAAUCUUUCGUUGAAUCUUCAAAGGUACAGAAUGUUGUGCCUGCACCUUAUACAGCUGAAGAUGAGAGAACAACCAGGUCCUUGGCUAUACAAAAUCUCUUUAAGAACUGGUUAAUGUUACUGCGUACCCCACUAGGAACACAACCAGUGGAGAGAGCUCUCGAAGAACCUUCUGAGGAAACCUCAGAAGAGUCAAAUGUUGUGCAAAACAAUGAAAGACCCCAAGUUUUUAAGGCAGCUUGGUGCUACUUUCUGCGCUUGGAUCCAACAAUAAAGAUACCAUUGUUAAUGUUCACACCGCUGUACCUGGCAGUUAACCUUGUAUAUGGAUCAGAAGUCUCGAAAGAAUUAACUCCCUUAUGGAUUCUUGGACCAAUAGUUGCUUCUCUCUAUGUGAAGAUGCUCCGAGGGAUAUGCAGCCUCUACGUGUUCAGCUUCAUGCAAACUGUCAGAAUUGUCAAGAACUUGCCAGCUUACUGCAUGGUGGUACACGAGUACCUUUUCCGUGGGAAGCUAAAAGAAGCCAUGCAAAAAUAUGCAUGGCAACCUCUUGUUGACAUAAAAAAUAUGGACUACAAGGAGGCGAUGAAGCGGAAAUUGAAGGGUUUCCAAGGGUGGUUGAAGGAGAAAUACCUGGAUUUUGUUGAAUCCAUUUGGCCCUAUUACUGCAGAACGAUAAGGUUUUUGAAGAGGGCGAACCUAAUAUAGCUCCAACUCCUCGUUAUGAGAUCCGUUCCUGUGGCUUAGCUCGUUCCUUGGAGCCCCUAUUUGAGUUGGGGCCCUUCCCUCGACUAAUUGGAGAUGCGUAGGCAGGUGGAUACUUGUAUUCGACAUCUCCUUUUCUCCUCUGGCGGCACAUUCUUGGUUAGGUUGUUUUGUGGCAGCAUCAGUCUUUGGCUGAUGUUAAUGUUUGUUUCUUCUAUAACAAAUCUCUAGUGAUCUGAAAUCUAUUUUGAAUGCAUCUGAGUUUUCUAUCAGUAGUUGUAGAGAGAUCCCAUUAUUCAUUGACAUUUCAUAUUUUGAUAAAUUUUGAUUCAUGUUAUGAGUA